AUGGCGCCCCAUGCAGAGGUCGCCGGUACCCCCGCCGUCUCCGGCAUCACCAAUGCCCGGCACCACGCCGCUUCGACCGAGGCUGCAAUCAAGGCUGAAAACGAGUUCGCCGCCCACAACUACCACCCUAUCCCCGUCGUCUUCUCCAAAGCUCGCGGCGUAAAUGUCUGGGAUCCCGAGGGGCGCCAGUACCUUGAUUUUCUUUCUGCCUACAGUGCCGUGAACCAGGGCCACUGCCACCCCGAACUCGUCAAGGCCUUGACCGAACAGGCCAGCCGCCUGACCCUGUCCUCCCGAGCUUUCUACAACGAUGUGUUCCCCAAGUGGGCCGAGAAGAUCCGCAAAGUCUUUGGCUACGAGAUGGUCUUGCCCAUGAACACCGGCGUUGAGGCUACCGAGACCGCCAUCAAGAUUGCCCGGAAGUGGGCUUACAAAGUGAAGGGAGUGGACAAGGACAAGGCUCUUGUUUUCUGUGUCACUGACAACUUUCACGGCCGAUCGAUGACCGCCGUCACCCUGUCCACGGACCCCGAGUCCAAGGACAACUACGGUCCUUACAUUCCCAACAUUGGCGCCGCCAGCCCGUCCACCGGAAAGCCCAUUCGAUUCAAUAAUGCCGCCGACUUGGAAGAAGUACUUGAAUCCCACGGGAAGCAAACUGCUGCUUUCUUAGUCGAGCCCAUUCAGGGCGAGGCUGGUGUUGUGGUUCCCGACGAGGACUACCUUGUCAAGGUCCACGCUCUCUGCAAAAAACACAACGUUCUCCUCAUCUGUGAUGAGAUUCAGACCGGUAUCGGCCGGACUGGUCGCAUGCUCGCCUCGGAGUGGUCUGGUAUCAAGCCUGAUAUGGUUACACUCGGCAAGGCCAUCUCCGGUGGCAUGUAUCCAGUGAGCGCCGUCAUGAGCUCCAAGGAAAUCAUGCUGGUCGUUGAGCCUGGCACUCACGGCUCCACGUACGGUGGUAAUCCACUGGGAUGCGCCGUCUCUAUUCGAGCAUUGGAGCUUAUUGAGGAGGAGGACAUGAUUGCAAACGCUGAGCGUCUCGGCAGAAUCUUCCGCGACAGUCUUGCCGCCCUCGAAAGCCCGAUUAUCAAGACCAUUCGUGGAAAGGGUCUCUUGAAUGCCAUCGUCAUUGAUGAGACUGCUGCGUCUGGCCGCACCGCUUGGGAUCUGUGCAUUCUCCUCAAAAACAAAGGCCUUUUGGCCAAGCCGACUCACGGCGAUAUCAUCCGCUUCUCUCCUCCCCUGGUUAUUACCGAGGCUGAGCUCCGUAAGGGUUUGAGCAUCAUUACCGCGGCCAUCGAAGAGCUUCCUACCUUUGAGAAGUCUCUUGGUCACUAG